GCCUCCCCACCGCUAUGCUAGCUCGGGUGCAGCCACCAGAGGGCUCGCGCGAGGGCCCGGGGCCCCUGCAUCCUUUCGCUGGGGCGGGCCCCUGCCUCUGCCCCUGCCCUUUUCCCUGCUUCCCCGCCCACCCCAGCCCCAGGCCCUCCUGCCUGCACAAUCACCCUGGCCCUGGCCCGCCUGCACACAGCCCUCUGAGCCCACCAGCAGAGCCAACACUGGAGGUGAAACAUGACCAGUGUGCAGUCCAGUGAAGGCACCAUCCCCGUGCUGGGGCAGAAGCUCUUCUACCGGGAGGCCCGGCCUGGUAGUGGGCAGAACCCUCGUCUCUCUGUGCUCCUACUCCACGGCAUCCGCUUCUCCUCGGAGACUUGGCUUAAGCUGGGCACGCUGGACAAACUGGCCCAGGCUGGCUACCGGGCUGUGGGCAUUGAUCUGCCAGGUCUAGGCCAGUCCAAGGAGGCAUUGGCCCCCACCCCCAUUGGAGAGCCGGCCCCCAGCAGCUUUCUGCAGGCUGUGUUGGAGGCCCUGGAGAUGGGUCCCACUGCUCUGGUCAGCCCCUCUCUGAGCGGAAUGUACUCACUGCCCUUCCUCGUCGCACCCAGCUCCCAGCUCCGUGGCUAUGUGCCUGUCGCCCCAAUCUGCACCGAUACAGUCAGCCCCGCUGACUAUGGCCGUGUUAAGACUCCCACUCUGAUCGUGUAUGGGGACCAGGAUCCCAUGGGGGUGUCGAGCCUCAAGGACCUGCAGCACCUACCUAACCACAAGGUGAUGGUGAUGGCGGGAGCGGGACACCCCUGCUACCUGGACAAGCCGGAUGAAUGGCACUCGGGGCUCCUGGAUUUCCUGAGUGGGCUCUCGUAAGGGCUAAGCUAGCCCAGGCCUACCCUGGACCCAUCCCCUAUUGAUUAAGGGAGGAGGGAUUGAGAGCCAAAUCCCCGUCCCAUUUACCCUGCUUUUCUGGCCUGCCUGUCUGCCUGUCUGUCUGUCUAGCGCUUGGUCUCCCGUCCUUCCUGUUUGGGAGCGGGAGGCCUGCUUUGGGUCUGUCUGCCUCUGCUUGGAUGCUCGUCCUCUUUCUGGAACCUUCCUGUCUGCUGGGGGCCUGUCUCUCUCUUUCUCUCCCUCCUCCGAGCUCUGGGCGGAUGAGAAGAAUCAGAAAGAACGGAACACAAGGAAGGGAUGGAAGCCACAGAGGGUAAUUGGGUACUUGGGUGGCCGCCUCUCUCAUCCCCCCAGCCCUUCCGAGCUCCUUCCCUUUUCCUCCCUCACGCCCCACUAGAAGAGUCCCUGCACACACCUAUCCCCACGUGGCAGCGCCAUCCUGGACCCACACGUACGCUUGCCAGGGAGGUCUCCAGGAGCAAAGGGGCUCCCUGGGACGGAGGGGAGCGUGCAGGGAGCGUGCAGGGAGCGUGCAGGGAGUGUGCAGCUUGGGGCCUCUCCUUAAGCAGACCCUGCCGGGGACAGGAGGGGAUAGUAAGCAGCGGCCGAGGGGGGUCUUCCUCAUGCCUGUCGCGUCUGCCUCUCGCUGCCCUUGAAUCAUGGGAAAGAAACAGAAAAAUAAAGCAUUCAGACGGUCAA